ACUCUUAAGUUCAGAGAAAGUGAAACUGAAGUGCAGUUGAGCUAUUGUGUGUUUGUGUCUCUGUGUUCAUGCAGUAAAAUGGCAGAAGUUGGAAUUUCUCAGGAUGAGUUCAAGUGUCCAGUGUGUCUGGAUCUCCUGAAGGAUCCAGUGACCAUUCCCUGUGGACACAGUUACUGUAGGAGCUGUAUUACAGUCUGCUGGGAUCGGGAGGAUCAGAUGAGAGUCUACAAAUGCCCUCAGUGCAAACAGACCAUCAGUCCAAGACCUGCUUUAGCUAAAAACACCAUGCUGGCUGAAGUGGUGGAGAAACUGAAGAAGAGAAAACUUGCUGACUGUUAUGCUGGAGCUGGAGAUGUGCAGUGUGACGUCUGUACUGGAAUAAAACACAAAGCUGUCAAGUCCUGUCUGGGGUGUCUGAACUCUUACUGUCAGAAUCAUCUUGAAGAACAUGAGAGCUUCUUUAAAAGAAAGAGACACAAUCUGACUGAAGCCACUGGACGACUGCAGGAGAUGAUCUGCCAAACACAUGAUAAACUCCUUGAGGUUUUCUGCCGCACUGACCAGAAGUUUAUAUGUCUGCUGUGUACGAUGGAUGAACAUAAAAACCACAACACUGUAUCAGCUGCAGCACAGAGGACAGAGAAACAGAGUUUCAAGUCUCUCUCAGCACCUCCUGAAUCUACAGAUGUAAAUGAUGAUCCCUUCAGUUCUCUGUCCUUAUUUGAUGGCAUGAAAGAAUCUGUUCGUCAGCUGAGAGACAAACUGGAGGAUUUCUGCAAAGAGGAGCUCAAGAAGAUCUUUGACAGAGGCACUUUCACCAACAUUGUUCCCAGCACCAGGAACAACUUCCUACAAUAUUCCCAUCAGCUCUCCCUGGAUCUGAACACAGCACAAAAAUGGCUCCGUCUGUCUGAGGGGAACACAGUGAUUAAAUUAGCUAGCAGAGAUCAGUCGUAUCCUGAUCAUCCAGACAGAUUUGAUUAUUAUCGUCAGGUGUUGUGUCGAGAGAGUAUGAGUGGACGCUGUUACUGGGAGAUUGAGUGGAAGGGGAAAUAUGUGUCUAUAUCAGUGUCAUAUAAGAGCAUCAACAGGAAGGGACGGGGUAAAGAGUGUUUGUUUGGAUCUAAUGAUCAGUCCUGGAGUUUGAUCUACUCUAUUGACAAAUACUCAUUCAUACACAAUAACACAGAGACUGAACUCCCUGUAAAGCCCAUCAUCAGUAGAACAGUGAAUGAGGAGGAUCACUAUAGAGUAGGAGUGUAUGUGGAUCACAGUGCAGGAACUCUGUCCUUCUACAGCGUCUCUGGAGACACAAUGAACCUCAUCCACACAGUCCAGACCACAUUCACUCAACCGCUCUAUCCUGGGUUUUGGGUUUAUAAAGGAUCAUCAGUGAAACUGUGUUGAUGAAUCAGAACAGACUGUAGAGAGAUUCUACCCAUAAUGCUUUGAGCUCAUGAUAAAUCAGUGAAUUCAGACUGUCAUACGCUGGGUUGACUAGAUGAUCCAAGAUAAGAGGCUUGAUGGAGAAAGAUUAUAUUACACUUAUAUUUAAUAAAAAUCAGGGAUAAACACCAGCAGGAAACGUUAACAGAAGACAAUGAACAUAAGAUGACUGAGGGUUUAAAGGGUUAGUGGAAAUGGAAAUCCUGUCAUUAAUUACUCACCCCCAUUUCGAUCCAAACCCUUGAAGGAUUAGUUCACUUUCAAAUGAAAAUUACCCCAAGCUUUACUCACCCUCAACUCA